AUGUAUAUUUCUUACUCAAGAAAUAAUUAUCCUAGAAUAGCAAAUUGUGCUAAUAUCUAAAAUUUGACACUUAGUCUUGAGUGCAAUUAAAUUGGUGCAAUUGGAGUAUCAGACUUAGGUUCUGCUUUAGCCAAUUGCGCUUAAUUCUCAAAUUUGACACUUAAUCUUGAAGGAAAUUAAAUUUGUGCAAUUGGGGCAUCAAAUUUAGGUAUUGAUUUAGGAAAGUGCACUAAUCUCUCAAAUUUAAUACUUAAUCUUUUUGGCAAUUAAAUUGGUGACGAAGGUGCAUCAAGCUUAGGUUCUGCUUUAACAAAUUGCAUUAAUCUCUCAAAUUUGACACUUUCGCUUAUUGGCAAUUAAAUUGGUGACGAAGGUGCAUCAAGCUUAGGUUCUGCUUUAACAAAUUGCAUUAAUCUCUCAAAUUUGACACUUAGGCUUGAUCAGAAUAAAAUUGGUGCAAUGGGUGCAUCAGGCUUAGGUUCUGCUUUAGCAAAUUGCAUUAAUCUCUCAAAUUUGACACUUUCGCUUUAUUAAAAUUAAAUUGGUGACGAAGGUACAUCAGGCUUAGGUUCUGCUUUAGCAAAAUGCAUUAAUCUCUCAAAUUUGACACUUUCGCUUAUUUGGAAUUAAAUUGGUGAUGAAGGUGCAUCAGACUUAGGUUCUGCUUUAGCAAAAUGCAUUAAUCUCUCAAAUUUGACACUUAGGCUUUAUCAGAAUAAAAUUGGUGCAAUGGGUGCAUCAGGCUUAGGUUCUGCUUUAGCAAAUUGCAUUAAUCUCUUAAAUUUGACACUUUCGCUUUAUUUAAAUUAAAUUGGUGACGAAGGUACAUCAGGCUUAGGUUCUGCUAUAGCAAAAUGCAUUAAUCUCACAAAUUUGACACUUUUGCUUGACUCAAUGAACGAAUCAUAAAAAUUCAAAGUAAUAAGCAAGUGUCUUAAAUCUAAAAGAUUAGUUGUCUUUUAAAAAGUAUUCUGA